CUUCGGAGAUUUUGGAGCAGUAGUGUCGGUGUCGGUAUUGACAUUAGGACUGAAAUUUAAUUAAUAAACAUUAUAAAUACUCUAGUUUUUACAUGUUCGUCCGUUAAUUACAAACAUAAAGUACCUGUAGCCUUGUAGCCAUGGAAGAAGAAAUGUUACAGAUCCUUCAGGAUUUCGGGUAUACGGGACCGCUAUUGAAUUAUGCAAAAUUUUGCGAAGCUGUUGAAAUUGGACCAAAAUCUGUACAAUUUACUGGUCUUGUUGCAUGGAUAGUGGAGAAAAUUGUAUUAAUCAGUAAACUUGAUGAAAGUGUUCAUCCCACAACAUCACCAGACGAUGCUAGUUCAUUUCUCCUAGAAUUAAGCGCAUUUCUCAAAGAAGUUGGAUGUAUCAAUCAGCAAUUAAUGACGGGAAAUGUUAAUCAACGAUUAGCCAACAAAGAGCAAAGACUGUUUCUUCUAGAUUAUUUGCUUUCGGAACUUAUGACGGCAACUUUGUUAGAAUCCAAGAAGCCGGUUGAGGAGCACAUGGAAGUUACUAUAAGUGAAACUUCAACUGCGAAGAAUCUAAAAAAUAUUCUGGUGAUGUUGAGGUUUCAAAAGCCGCCGGACAAUAUAGCGGCGGAUGUUCUUUUUAAUAAAGUUGCGACAAAAUUACAGGAAGUGAAAGCACAAGUACCGCCUAAGCUUCUAAGUAAACCGAUAUUUGUCGGGAAACUUUCUGGUAAUCAGUGGAAAAAAUUGAGAGAACUACAGAGCGAAUUACAAUCGGAAUAUACGAUAAGACGUGAACUUUUGCUGAAACGAUUGGAUGUCACUGUUCAGUCCUUUUUGUGGUCGGAUAGAUUGAAGAGUAAGGAGACAGAGGUGAUGACUUGUUUCAAGAGUAAAAAAGAUACAAUGUCACGAGAACCGGGAGUUUCAAUUGCCCACUUACUGGCGGCUCGUGAGGAUAUUGCGAUAUUGGAGAAAACGAGUAAUGCCUCGGUGCGUAAAAAUACUCGAAGUCAAGUGAAUAAAGUAAUAAUAGGCGCUGUUCCUGAUCGUGGAGGAAGGCCGUACGAACAGGAACCACCGCCACCGGAAAUGCCACCUUGGCAGAAGGAUCGUGCUGGAGGACAAAGCUUUGGGGGUGGCAGAGGUGGCCAAGGAGCCAGAGGUGGCGGAAACUUCAGCGGCGGAGGUGGUUUCGGAGGCCGAGGUAGAGGAGGCGGACAAGGAGCCAGAGGUGGUGCCGACGGCGGCCGUGGAGGAUUCAGCGGCGGAGGUGGUGGUUAUGGCGGUAGAGGUGGUUAUCACGAUCACAAGGAUGCGUCGAAUAAUUUCGGUCAAAAUCGAUCAGGACCCGAGAGAAGUUAUCGAGCCGAGGAUUAUUUCAGUAAUCAAAAGCCAAGAGCAGAAGAUUAUUUUCAAUCGUCUUCUCAAAAUUCGUCAGGCUAUGGAAAACGUGGUGGAUAUUCCGAUCAUAGAGACGAUGGCCAACGUGGAGGAUAUUCCGAUCACAAAAACGAUGGAAAGCGUGGAGGUUAUUCCGAUCACAGAGACGAGGGUAAACGAGGAAGAGUUCAAGGCGGCUGGAAUCAAGGCGAUUCAAAUUAUCAACGUGGUGGUUAUCAUCGUGGAAGAGGUCGUAAUUAUUAAUUUAUUUCUCCCCACGCACAGGAGAGUUUUUUUUCGAAUUUUGUUUUCUAGAUUUUAAAAAUAAAUCGAAGCUUUUUUUUAUAAAAAUAUCUAAUCGUAUAAAUAUUCUGUUGUGAACAGAAAUAAAUAUUCUUUUUCACUAGCGAAAAAAAAUAUUGAAUUUAGAACAUUAUUUCUAAAUUUUGAAUUGUUAUACUCAAAACAUUACGUAAGAAUAGAAAAGAAAUAAGAAUAGAAAUACAUUAAGAA